AUGCUGGACUCGCCUGUGCCUUCAAUUCCUCAAAGGCCCAAAUCAAGACCUAAGAAAUCGGAUUCUUCACUGGACGUUUCGCCUGCUGCUGCACCUGCCUCGCUGGACCAUGCCACUCUGGCGGUACCAGCUGUCCCUGUUAUUCCUCAGAGACCCAGGAAGACUGAAAGUCUGGUGAAGAGCGGUGAAGAUGUUACUGAAAAACGUGAAGAUUCCUCGCCAGCGCCAGCUAUUCCUAGCAGACCAAGAAAGCAGGUUCCUGAGACGACUGAGGCUCCAGAAUCGCCAAAUCAGCCUUCUCUUCCUUCCAUACCCAGACGCCCAACUAAAGAGAAGGGGCCUUUGGCUGCUACGGAGGCUAAGGACGACGUGGCUGAUGAUGCCAAUGACACGGAUAACGAAUCGGGUAAGGAUCCAAUUGAUGAUUCUGAGGUUGUCAAGGCUCCAACGCUUCCACUGAGCGUUCCUGGGGAAAAGCCACUGGAGAUUUUGGAUUUCGAAGAGGGAACGAAGGGUCCUGCUAGCGUUUCUGAUUCUGAGGAGUCUACAGACGUGAUUUCUUCUGAUCCUCAUGACGAUAUUGUUCCUGCUCCAGUUAGCGAAACCGCCAAGUCGGUUGAUGGACACCCGCCAAGGGACGGGCACUUCAGUCCCCCAGAACCUUCAGAGAAGAGUUCCGAAGCAUCUUCUUCAGAUGACGUUGCCGAGCUUCUUGGAAACAAGAUGAAGGAGCAACGUGAAAGCGCUAGUGCUGAUGUCGAGAAGGAGGACUCUAGCAAUGUUGAAAGCGUUCACGUAAGUCCUUCUGAUUUUGAUGUGGAUGAGCUUGAUGUUGGCUCUCUUAGGAAUGAACAUACGGGCCAGGAAAGCAACACAUCUUUGGCCAAGGAGAACUUGACGUCCAGAGAUGCAUUCACUGAUAGCGAGGAUGAGGGAACACUUUCAAAGAAGGAUCAUUCUGAAACCCCCGCUGCUGAUUUCCAAUCUCCAAAGCCUGUAACUGAAGAAGUUGAAGACGAGAAGAAGUCUCCAGUUGAGUCCGAAGAGGUCCCUGAAAAAGCUGAACCAGAGGAAUUAAGCACGACUGAGGCUGAACCCACAGUUCCUACUGCAAUUGAGCCUCUUGAACGUGAACCUCAACGAGUUGACGAACCAAUUGAGCCCAAGGCAGUUGAAAAGCCCGUCGAAGAAGAGAGCAAAUCUUCUGAAGAGCCUGCUUUCAAGGAAGAACCAGUAAAGGAGGAACCAGUGAAGGAGGAACCAGUGAAGGAGGAACCAUCAAAGGAAUCUCCUCAGAAAGUCGAAGAGGAAACUCUGAAAGAAUCCGUUCCAAAGAUGCCAAUUAUUCCUCUGCGUCCAAGCAAGCCAGGCAAGCCAAAGAAGCUUGAUUCCGGUUCAGAAUCCCAGGCUCUGGAAUCGAGGAGCUCUCCUGUUAUUCCUUCCAGACCACCUAAACCUGCCACCAAGGAGAAGCCUAAGGCUCCACCACCAAAGCCCAAGAAGCUCUCUUCCAAGAUCGCUGCUUUCCAGCAGAUGUUCAAUCAGGAACCUGCCGAAGCACCAAAGGAGCAGGAAAAAAGUGCACCAGAGAAGAGAGGUAAAUUGUCGUCUGACAAGACGAAUUUUGCCGCUAACUUGCAAAAUAUGAUGGGCGCUGGAAUUGCAUUGCCAGGUAUGGCCAACCCAGAAAUGUUGAAGAAGUUUGCGCCAGCCGAGCCUGAACAAGAGGCUUCCGAAAAUAAGGAAGAUGCCGCUCCAAAGGCACCAGCAAGAAGAGCCAAGGGCCCAAGAGGUAAGAAGCUUCCAAAGUCCAUUCAAGAGAGUAAGGUUACAAUUGAACCUCGCUUCAAGUUCUCGUAUGGAAACUUAUGGGAGCUUGAUUUCAAGGCCCCAGUUGCCGAAGAUAAGCCAGAGGAGCUCGCUACACAAGCUGAAGAGACAGAGGAGAUCUCUCCAAAGACCUCUGAGCCAGUAGUCACCGAUACUGGAUUAGAAGCACAAGAAAAGGAAACCUCAACCGAGAAAGGUUUCGCCAUCCCUGUCUUAGAUGAUUCUGCCGAUGCGCCUGUCAAGGAAGAAGAUGUCGAACAGCUUCCUAGCUUACAAGAAACGCAGCCACCGCUAGAUGAAGAAGAAGAACUUCUGAAAGUCGAACAAGCUACAAAGGUACCUCUCGGUGGAUCUACAAACAAGGGCCCAUUGAAUGAUGUUCAGAGCGACGUUGAACCUGACUAUGAAAUAAUAAAUAAGGAAAAGGUGUCUCAGAACGAAACGCCGAAGACCAACACUUCAGGCACUGAAGAAUUCGACGACGACAGCGGGUUUGAAGAAGCCAGAGAAGCUUUCUCGAGCCCUAAGCCACUUGCUGACGUUACUGGCAAGUUUGAAGACGCAGAGGAGACUGAGUCCAACCCUACCGAGCUCGCAGAGGAGCAGCUUCGGGAGUUAUCUGAGUAUAUGCUGAGAGACAAGCCCACGCCGCCCGAAGACGACGAGCCUGUUCUUGUUAGCAAAGCUGACGAAUCUUAG